GUGCCUGCAUAAAUAUCACCAACAGUCAGUGCCAAAUGCUGCCAUAUAACUACACCACUAUAACUUCAGUUCUUUCCAUUGUCAAAAGUAUUGAAAUGGAAAAGUUCCUGAAGUUCUUCAGUUAUCUCGGUCGUCUCAGCUGCUAUCAACACAUCAUGCUGUUUGGCUGUAGUCUUGCUCUUCAAUGCAUCAGUGACGGUGAUGACAGUCAAGGUCUUUUGCCCUGCAGGACAUUUUGUGAGGAAGCAAAAGAAGGCUGUGAACCAGUCCUUGGUAUGGUAAAUGCUUCUUGGCCAGAGUUCCUGAAGUGCUCUCAAUUCCAAAACAAAACUGAAAAUGACACGACUACAAGGGUAUGCUUCUCACCACACCAAGAAAAAGGAAAGCAGUCACUGUGUGGAGGAGAGGAGAGUUUCUUAUGUGCCAGUGGAAUCUGCAUCCCAGGGAAACUGCAGUGUAAUGGCUAUAAUGACUGUGAUGAUUGGAGUGAUGAGGUCCAUUGCAACUGCAGUGAUGAUGUAUUUCGCUGCGAGACAGGAAAAUGCCUAAAUUACACGUUUGUUUGUGAUGGAUAUGAUGACUGUGGAGACCUUAGCGAUGAACAGAAUUGUGAUUGUAAUCCAGUGACACAUCAUCAAUGUGGAGAUGGGAGAUGUAUAACUGCUGAUUGGGUAUGUGAUGGUGACCAUGAUUGUAUAGACAAAUCAGAUGAAAUCAAUUGCUCGUGUCACAGUCAGGGUCUAGUGGAGUGCAGAAAUGGGCAGUGCAUUCCUAGUGCAUUCCAGUGUGAUGGAGAUAAUGACUGUAAAGGAAGUGAUGAAGAAAACUGCAGUGAAAGUCAAACCCUCUGUCAGGAGGGAGACCAGAGAUGUACUUCCUGUCCUGAAUCCUGUGGAACUUCUCUCUGUGAGAUGAGAAACAGCCAGACAAACUGCAGUCAGUGUGAAUCAAUUACUCUGGAGCUCUGUAUGAACUUGCCUUACAACUAUACUUAUUACCCAAACUACCUGGGACACAGGACGCAGAAGGAAGCUUCUAUCAGCUGGGAGUCUUCUCUUUUCCCAGCCUUGGUUCAGACCAACUGCUACAAGUACCUUAUGUUUUUUGCCUGUACAAUCUUAGUACCAAAAUGUGACCCCCAUACAAAUCAGCGGAUCCCACCUUGCAGGACUUUAUGUGUACAGUCUAAGGAACGCUGUGAGUCUGUGCUUGGGAUAGUAGGUCUGCAGUGGCCAGAAGAUACUGACUGCACUCAGUUUCCAGAUGAAAACUCAGACAAUGAAACUUGUCUAACACCAGAUGAAGGUGUAGAAGAAUGCUCACCCAGUCACUUUAAGUGCCGUUCUGGGAGGUGUGUCCUGGCAUCCAGAAGAUGUGAUGGUCAAGCUGACUGUGAGGAUGAUAGUGAUGAGGAUAGCUGUGGUUGUAUAGAAAGGGGUCUUUGGGAGUGUCCUUUGAAGAAGCUGUGCAUCAAGCACUCCAUGAUCUGUGGGUUCCCAGACUGCCCUGACAUGAUGGAUGAAAAGAACUGCUCAUUUUGUGAAGACAGCGAACUUGAAUGUGCCAACCAUGAAUGUGUGCCACGUGAGCUCUGGUGUGAUGGGCAAGCAGACUGCAGUGACAGCUCAGAUGAAUGGGACUGUGUUACCCUGUCUAAAAACAUGAAUUCCUUGAUGUUCCUGACCAUUCACAGGUCAGCUGCUGCUAACCAUGUUUGUGCUGAUGAGUGGCAAGAAAAUUUAAGCCAACUGGCCUGCGAUCAGAUGGGUUUAGGGUAA